GCAGAGGGGUUGUCUAACGCAUGUUGAACACAGCACACAAAACUUCGUUCUUCAGACUAAGAAGAUGUGAUCCUGGACUGUCUUGGACCACAUAAUUUAGGCUGCAACAAAUUGAAGAGAUUGAUUUUUCUUUCAGAUAGAUUUUGGGGCUUCACUCACAAAAGGUAAGACUCUUUGGUGUUUGUCAUUAAUCUGAAGUCAAGCAGAGACACCUGGAGACAGGAGGAUAAUUAAUAGCAUUCAAUUAAAACUUCACUGCAAAAGCAGUUUAGAAAGAUAGUUAUGAUUAAGCUGCCGUUUAGAUAAUCACAGAGAAUUUCUAUUAUACUUCUGAUCAGCUUUUUUCAGUUAUUUGUAGGGUAUGAGGAAAUAGUUUUUCUGUAACAACUUAUUAAAUUAAAAGCAAAAGGAAAGGCAGUGAUUUGAAUAUGCAUUAAAACUUAGAGGAGAUAUUUUAAGAACAAACCUAUCAAGAUUAAAACAGUACAACUCUUUUUUUUGCGGUGUGUGUGGUGGUGGUGGUGGUGUGUGUGUGUGUGUGUGUGUGUGUGUGGGGGGGGGGGGGGGGGGGGUCAAAAUUCAACGUUGGACAGAUGACUGUCAAAAAAAAAAAGUAGAGUCUUCCUUGUUCCUGGUUUUUGACAUUCCUAUGCCUGUGACCUGUGACUGCUGCCAUUGUUGCUCAAAACAGAAGAAAAAAAAAUCUUACAAUCUAAAGGGACAUAAAAUAAUACAAAAUAAUUUUCAACUAAUAAGCUUUUAUUUAUCUUUCGGAUUACUACAUCAAGGUGAUCAUAGUUUUGUCUCUAACUAGUGUAUCUGCAUAUAUUUCAAGAUGUUGUGCAUCCCUGCAAACCAACAGAAUAAGUGUAAACAUAACUGUCUUGAUGAUAUAGCCUGCCAAAAAAAGUGGUCUCCUAUGGUCAACUUACCCCGUGUAUGGGGUAGGUUGACGAUAGGAGUGAGGUAAGUUGAGCCGUAUACCUACUACCCUCCCACUCUCCACCCCAGCCCUCCCUCACCUUCUCUCUCCCUAAAUAACAGUCACUUCUUCACAUUCAUGUGUAUUUUGAUCUAUUAUACACUAUUCAACUAGUACAAUAAUUAUUUUUAUUUUUAUUGCAUAUAACAGCUAAAAAGCUGUUCUAAAAAAACAUUUUAACAUGAGAAUGCCUUUAAGUGAUUCAGAACAUUCACAGCUGUAUUUUUGAAUAGAAAAAGUAACACAUUUCAACAAUCUGAGUUGAAACUCUGAUCCUCUCAUCAUAUUUCUUUACUUUUUCAGUUGAGCCACUGGCUUAACUUACCCCAGAACUACUAUUAUGACUUUAUUAGUCCUCCAAGCUAAAAUGGUGGACAUUUAUGCUAGGUUUUUUACCUCAUGUUGUAGCUCAUAGAUACCACAAUUGAUGUAUAAAACAAAUUUAAAAUGAUCUUUUUUGGUGUGAACACAAUUAUAAUAAAACUUAUGACAGACUAAAUUCACUUUCAAGAGUGAAAAAUGUUUUUUUGGAAAUAAAUGUCUAACCCCUUCACCCAUGUGCUUCUAACCUUCACAGGCUCCAUGAAUUAAUGCCCAUCUCCUGAAUAUUUGGUCACAUGAUCAAUUUCUAUUGCAAUUUCCAAGCAACAGGGGAUGGCUCAACUUCCCCUUUGGCUCAGCCUACCCCGCUCUCUCCCAUCCAGAGCUUUUAGUAACUGGACAAUAUGAAAUCAGUAAAAUUCUAUCAAUUUGACAUAGCUUUGAAGCUUCAGUGGUUUUCAAACUCCAGGGUGCAGUUGUACUACUUUGUAUUGCCAUCAAAGCCCCCACCCUUAGGUAUAAUUGUUCAUAUCUGGUGAAUAACCACCUUUUUUUUUUUUUUUGCCCACAGGCAGAAUGCGGGACAUGCUUGAGAGGCUCCAGACUAUUAGUGAAGAGCAGGGGGACUACGAGCCAUUUUUUUAUGGACCUGAGUAUGAUGUGGACAGGGUGACACUGUCUCAAGAGGCAGUCUUGUUUGAGGAUCCCUCACCUCUGGACAAAAUCUUAGAGGAGGCAAACUCGAUUCGCAAAGAGAUCUCUCUGCUGCGAUUAGAGGUAGAGCGACUGUGCAUAAACAAUGAACGCUUUGGCACCUCUGUGCGGCGCUUUAGCCUUCUCAAAAAAGACUCUGAAACCAUCGCUAGGAGGAUCCAGCAACAUGGGGAGGCUUUGUACUCCCACCUUCAGGCACUGGGUAGAGAAAGAGCCGGGCUGGAGGAGAAAGAAGGUCCUAACUCUGCUGUCAGCCGAAUUGCAAGAGUUCAGUAUGACACCCUUUCCCAGGCCUUCCAUUCUGCCAUGAGGGACUACAACGAUGCAGAGGAGAUGCAAAGGAGGACAUGUCGGGGAAGGAUCAAGAGACAGGCUUCCAUACUAGGGACAGAUAUUAGUGAUGAGCAGCUGGAUGUGAUGGUGGACAAAGGUGGGGAGGGCUGGGCCAAGCUGUCCCACAGCCUGCAGAUACAAGGUGCUCGCACAUCCCGCUGGGCACUGUGUGAGAUUAAAGGGAGGCACAAGGAGCUGGUGGAGCUAGAGGUCAGGCUGAAAGAGGUUCAUGAGCUGUUCCUUCACAUGGCCAUUCUUGUGGAGGAUCAGGGGUCCAUGAUCAAUAACGUUGAGGCUCAUGUGUGUACAACUGAAGAAUAUACAGAAAGGGUCAAUGAGCAAAUCAAGAAGGCCCUGCAGUAUAAGAGGAAAAAUCCUUUCCAGCAGUGCUGCCCCUGUUUACCCUGUUGGAGACAUAACCAGAUGUUUUAGUCCCUUUUUACAUUGCAUAACACUUUGGAUGAUUAUAAAAUCAAAUAAAUAUUUACCCAUCAAACAACAUAUGAACAGAUGAGCAGAUAAUUCAUGAAAUAAACCUGCCUGACAGGACACACAGUUUUGUUCUGAACACUUUUUCUCCUGUGUGAGGCUUGAAAUUUUAAGGGUUUGGGUUACUAUCUGUUAAAAUUUCAACGUCUGAGUAAAAUGGCUGAUCCUGAUAAUUUGAUAAAAGCCAAACCAUUUGAGUUAUUUGACUGUGUAUAAUAAUACAGGUUUUCACUUUGAAUGCAUGAAGGCCGAAGCACAUGAGGGCUCUGGUCCAUUUCAUGGCAGCAUUCACAGGCUGUGUAUUGGCUGCAGAUUUCUUUUAUCUCUUGUAAGUUAAACCCAAAAAACAAUAAACAGUCACCUAUUACUCAGAUAUCAUGGCUUCACAAGUCAUUAAGAUCAAUUUAAAAAGUAUUUUAAAAUAUGUGAUAAGAUUUGAUUGCUGAUCAUUAUGUUGACAUCCACGGCAAAAUGAAAACUGAGCUGUUCAACAGCCUCCAGUGUAAAGAAAUGCUUGUGUUUAAUAAUGAAUAUUGUGUUAAUUUACUUGAAAAGGUUUAACAGUUCACUCAUGCAAAAAGAAUGUUCUACAUAAUCCAAUUUGUUGUCUUGGGCAAAAACAUCAAUUCUUAAAUCGAGUCAUGGGGAUGGCAACUGCAUUUGAUCUUUAUAAGGAAGAAUUAGAGUCAUGGGAGAAGUGGAUAACAGUCAGGAUUGCCAGAGCUGACAAAUUACAGUUAUUAGCUACUGCUGAGAUCUGUCCCUUUGGCAAGGGGGUUGUUCAGGCUGUCUGAGGGUCAGGGGCCAAAAAAGAAAGUGCAUCUGAUGUAUUCCUUAAGGAACAAAAUACAGAAACUUAAAAUAAAUUUGGCUGUAGCAGCAUUUUAAAGACCAGAAGUUUUGAGUAUCUGACAGUUAAUUCCCUGCAUUUUGGUCAACAUCUAUGUAACAUUUAGUGGCGAAAAUAUCAUGGAAAAACCCAGAUUUGUAAAUGCUACUUGAAUACAGUUUGCAUUGUAGUAAAAUUGUAUCAAUUUUUUUACAAGGUAGUUUUAAAAAUGGGUAAUUAUUGUAAAUCAAAUUACAGUUUAAACUGAUAUAAUACAUAAAGUAGCUACCAUGAAGUUAACUUCCACAAUAAGGUACUGGUUUGCAGGGAUCACUCAUUUAGUUUGAUCCAUCUGUUUCACAUCGUCAAAACUGUAUCAGUGGGUAACCAAAAAAUUUUCUACAAAAGAAGGGUCCCCUGCUUGGAUGUGAACCCAGGGAUGGCAGAUAUGUCUGCAGACAGAAUUUGUACAGUAGCCUACUAUCAGUGUGAUUGAUGACAUAAUGCAAAAAAGACAGUUGUACAAAUAAACAUCAUUAAAAGUU